AUCGACACUUCCUGGUGAGCUGGUUGUACGGAAGUGCAACGCCUCAAUGGUCUGUUGUGAAGGGAUUAAUCGAGAUGCAACUGGCAGGAGAUCUCCCACAGGCGCUGUACCGCUUUUCAUUCUGCGUCUGUCUCUCUCUCUCUUCCUCUCUCUGUCUCUCUCACUCUCUCUCUCUCUCUCUUCCUCUCUCUGUCUCUCUCACUCUCUCAAGGACGUAACAUCCUCCUGAGGUGCGGCGUAUCGCCAGAGGGACGCGCUUAAAGGAGCAGCCAAGAUCGGGGCAAUCUUUGGGCCGGUGUGGAAGUGAGCUCUCCGCACUAUUCACCGCGGGACUGGGGAAUCGGGAGCCUUGAACGAGCAGUCCUGAUGUGUGAGGAUGCCUCAGCCCAGAGUGAGGUUAGUAGUGACCGGUGAUGACUUUGGUUACUGCCGAAGGAGGAAUCGCGGUAUAAUGGAAUGCUUCAAAGCCAAGGCCAUCUCCAACGCAUCCUUGCUGGUGAACGGGAGCGCUGCCAAGGAAGCUGCUGCAAUGACUACCAGAAACAAGGUUCCGCUUGGCCUCCACGCCAACCUGUCCGAGGGUUUACCGGUCUGUGAGCAACUCCGAGUGGGCUCCACCCUGGUCAACAAGGAUGGGUUCUUCCAUGGAAAAAUGGGAAUUAGGGAAGUACUGGAGAGUGGACACAUCAACCUAGCUGAGAUAGAUAAGGAGCUGAGGCAACAAGUCGACCUGUUCUGUGAACUGACCGGCCACCUGCCCCAUCAUAUGGAUGGACAUCAACACGUCCACGUGUUACCAGGUAUCCGAGACGUCUUUGCCCAAGUGCUGUCAGAUUAUGGCAUCGUGUACACCCGCAUCCCCGUCGAGCCUGGCCUACACCGCUGCAACCGCAUCACUCAGCAGCUGAUGGACUUCUACCUGCAGGUCGAAAAAGAUGCGUUCAAUUCCAUCGAUGUCUUUCAGCGGCACGGGAUUAGGUGGCCUGAUGUCUACAUUGGCCUGACCACCAUGGGGAGAAACAUGUCGGUGUCAACCAUCCAGGCCACCAUCGAGAACGCCAUCGCAACGAGACACGCUAAGCAGCAUCGCCUGUUGGAGAUCUUCCCCGCCGCCACUGCCCGCAGGCCAGAGGACACGAUAUUGACCAUGGAGCUGAUGGUCCAUCCCGGAUACUCCAGCUUCCCAGAGGAAGGCGGAUGUGGGCAAGGGCCCGACGGCUUCUCGCUCUCCGCCGAUCGCUUCCACGAACUCGAGACCCUCCAGGCACCCAAGCUGCUCAAGUACUACGAGCAGAGGAACAUCCAACUGUGUGCUUUCAGUGACCUAUGAGUGAAACGCAAGCCCUGUUUCCCCCAACCCUCUUCCAGCCUGGCAGAGGGUGGGGAGCUGAGCUUCCAGACGGGGAGACAAGGCACGAUGAUUGCCACAAACCCUGCAAGCCAAUCCCCGUUCCAUGCAGAAAUUGCAUGUCGAUCCUCCGACCAGUGGAACUGUGAGCAAUCCACCUUGUUCCUCAGGAACGGCAGCAAAGUGCAGGGUUUAUUUUAACGAGUUUAACUGUACUUCUCACACUGCUGGCUUAUCUCUCGAUCCUCGAGAGCAGCUGAGAUUGCCCGGAGUUAACGGUUACUUGUCACCGACAGAGUGUUCACUUUGAAUUGUUCACUUUGCAGGCAACAAGAAAUUAAAUUUGCAAUACUGUGUGGGUUUUAGUUUAGUGCAGAAACAGGCCCAUUCGGCCCACCGAGUCCAGGCCGACCAGCGAUCCCCGCGUACUAACGCCAUCCUACA